AUGUCGAGGGGCGAUAGCAUCCCCCGGUACACUUAUGCGAUGGACUUUAACCCCAUGGAUGAGCAGUCACCUCUCACGGAUUUCUGGCAGAUGAAUGAUGGUUUGGAUUCCGAAGAUGCUGCGGUUAUUGCGAGUUUGGCUACUCAAGCUCUGCAGUCAAAAUUCGGCUAUGAAUAUGAGGAUAGCAUCGGAGUGAAUGGGCAAGCCGAGGUGGCAAAUUAUACUGAGAGCCGGUCAUCGCCUCAGUCUCAGUAUUCAGCCUUCGCCCACGAAGAGCCGGCGGAAUCAUUUCGGGGACUCAUGGAGGAUCACGACCGCGGCGCACAGUUUUCGGGACAAGAUGCCACAUCUGAGUAUGACCUGGAGCCAGCCGCUAGAGGCCGCGUCUUAGAUAAUGUGGCUGGAAUCGAGGAGCCAGCUGUGUUUUUGAGGGACUCUGAUCUCUCUGACCCCCUCUAUUCUUUACUGAAUGUGUCUGCAGAUAUGGAUGAGAUGAGAGGCACCAUGACGGCAAGCCAGAUUGUGAAUGAAGUACUUCGAAGCUCAGAAAUAGCGGCGGCGCAAAGCCAGAUGGAUGUGAAUAUACAGGCACUUCACUCGCAGGCGGCACAACUGACGCCACCCGAUUCAGAAUCUCCUUCUAUCGUCGCAGAAGAGCGCGAUCACAGAGAUCUGGAGGAAGAUUUCUUGACCAGCGUCAGUGGACAGCAUGGCGACUGCGAGCCCGAAAAUGUCGUUAUAGAAGAAACUUCACUGGAUACCAAGGCACAGCAACAGCUCCAGCUCAUGGCGGAAUCUAAUGAGCGUCCAACCAUGGAUGAAGGCAGACAGCCGUCCCCACCUCGACCUGCUCCGAGAAAAGUCGGGCGCCCACGGAAAAGCGAUGCAGCAGUAGAGCCGCCAGAUCUGGCACCGAAGGAAUCUGGGGUCACUGAGAUAGCUGUGCACGAAAAAGUUCCCAUUGAAGGAGAUGAGGUGGUAGAGCCGGCAGUGGUUGAUGAGGCCGAGAUCAACAGAGCUGAAGAGACCCCAGCUGCUAGAAGGCGGGGACGGCCUCGCAAGAGCGAGAUCCCAGAGCUGACGCGAGCAUCGUCAACGAAGCAAGGACCAGGUCGGCCGCCAAAGUUGGUAGCUCCUGAGGUAGCCAGUGAGUGGACGCCUACUACAGGCAAACGAGGCCGGCCUCGGAAGAGUGAUGUGGAAGACCGGUCACAAGUGCACACCAAAGAAUCCGAUAUAUCCAUAGAAGAAGCACCGAUUGCGACAUCUGCUCCAGGCAAAAGGGGACGACCUCGGAAGAGUGAAGUGGAAAACGAGCCUCAAGUACACGCCAAAGAAUCCGAUAUACCCACAGAAGAGACAUCGGCUGCGACACCGGCUGUAACACCGGCUGCAGCCAAAAGGGGACGGCCUCGGAAGAGUGAAGUGGAAAACGAGUCACAAGUACACACCAAAGAAUCCGACAUACACGCAGAAGAGGCACCAGCUGCAACACCAGCUGCAGCCAAAAGAGGACGACCUCGGCGGAAUACCCUGGUAGACGUAUCACAGGCGCCAACUAACGAAUCUCAGCUACCUGCAGUUGAAGCAUCAGUUUCAACACCAUCUUUGACCAAAAGAGGACGGCCACGGAAGAGCGAAGUGGUUAACACAGCACACAAUCCCACUGAUGAGCAUACAUUGGCCGCCACCGAAGCAGCAAGCUCAACGCCAGCACCGAGCAGACGAGGGCGGCCACGAAAGAGCGAGGUGGUGAGCACAGCACAAAAUCUUACCGACGAACAUGCACUAUCCGCUGCCGAAACAGCAACUUCAACACCAGCUCCGAGUAAAAGAGGACGUCCGCGAAAAAGUGACGCGGCCCAGGAGUCAGCCAACGAGCCUCAGCCAUCCAUUGUCGAAACACCAACCGUAACGCCGGCUUCGGGCAAAAGAGGACGACCGCCAAAAAAUGCCAGGGCAUCAGCCACUACUACCGAAGCGCGUGCGGUGCCAGAAGUACAAGCAGAAUCUGAAAUAUCAACCACUGCAGAUAUCGCAGCGCCUACUACAGAAACCAUAGAGCAACGAAAUCCACCUUCUCAACAAGAUGAUGCGUUGGAAGGACUACAUACUUAUUCUCCACCUACAGCACCUGCCCAGAAACGAGGCAGAGGCAGACCGUCCAAGAACGAUAUCUCGGUUAAUACAGCUACGGGCCUAGAGACUGCCACAAAUGAUGAGGAAGCUGAGCCACAGGGAUCGAAGUCUGAGCAUAUGGCAGAUGUAGUAGAGGACAUAGCUGUGGAUGGGAACUCUGGGCCUGAGGCGGUACAAGAAGAUAUAGAAGCGACACCUGCAAGGAAACGGGGCAGGCCAAAAUCUUCAGCUGCGAAUAAGCCUUCACUUAUGAUACCUGCGCCUGUCACGGCUUCAGCGAAGAAACGUGGUAGGCCACCAAAGGCAGCUACUACCGCGGAUUCGGCUGAGAAGCUUGAAGAACCUUCCCAGCCGGAAGCUCAAGGGAGCGAAGAACGCAUGGCUAAACGAAGGCGCACGGAUUCUGACAUAAUCAUGGAAGAUCCCCCCAAAGAACCUCAACCAGAGGUUCAGGAAGAACGGCCGGCAAGCGUGAGAGAGCGGAGAGUAUCAUUUGCAGCAGGCACCAAAGCACCGAAGGAGCUAGUUCCGAUCAAGUUUACGCGACGCAACUCUGAUUCUGCAGGGUCAAGGCCAGGUUUUAUUUCCAUCAAUAUACAACGAAAACCACAGUUUGGACAGGCGGAUAGUUCGAAGGGGACUGCAGGUUUGGAGAUGCCUGAAAAGAGGACGGUGACGCAGCAAACCGAGCUGUUUAUAUCUGGGCUACCGAAGCCCACGAUCGAAAGCGUGUUUGACAGAAAGAAGCUUGGGAAGAGGCCUAAAACGUACGGUAAACGGCUUAAGAAGUGA